CGAAAAAAUUGUAUCUCUUCCACGAGAUUGACCUAAUUUUGCGGGAAAUUUGAGAAACGCACGAGUUACUUCCCUUAUAGAUGGACAGCACCUGUCUUAGCUGGUGAAUUUUAUGUCGAUGAACAUUCGAGGAAAACAGAAUGAGAGAAGUAAACAGUUAUCUUUGAUAUUUGAGUGGGCUCCAGAAUGGGUGUGACACAGUUAUGGCAGAUACUGGCCCCGGUGGAGCAGCACCUGACCCUGUCUUCACUUGCAGGUCAAACACUAGCAGUUGACCUGUCCAUCUGGGUCUGUGAAAAUCAAUGUGUUAAACAGAUGCAAGGAGUUGUAUCAAAACCUUAUCUAAGGAAUCUGUUUUUCCGCAUUUCACAUCUAACCCAGCUUGGUGUAAAGCUGGUGUUUGUGAUAGAGGGGUCAGCUCCUGAGUUAAAAUGGGAUACAAUGAUAAAAAGGCAGCAAUCAAGGUUUCCAGGUCGACAGGGGAAACAACCCCCACAGAGACCUGCUGGAAAACAGACAAGAAGAAAUUUCAACUCCUGGUUAAAAGAGUGUUGCGAGUUAUUGGAGAUUCUAGGCAUACCGUACAUACAAAGUAAAGGGGAGGCAGAGGCGUUGUGUGCUCUCCUUAAUGCAUCUGGGUUGGUAGAUGGAUGCCUCACCAAUGACGGUGAUGCUUUUCUUUAUGGGGCCACAACUGUGUACAGAAACUUCACAAUGAAUUCGAAGGACCCACAUGUAGAUAUGUAUCGAGUGAAUGAUAUACAGACAAAGCUAGGUAUAGAUAGGGGCGGUCUUAUUGCUCUGGGGUUGCUGAUUGGUUGUGACUUUGUACCGAAAGGUGUACCAGGGAUAGGAAUAGCAAAUGCUGUAAGGCUGUUACAGUCACUGCAGGGCCAGGAUGUUCUUAUAAGGCUACAGUCUUGGAGUACAAUGUCUGAGAGAGAUUGUGUGGACCAGGCAGAAAUUCUAGCUAGAAGAAAGGCUAUACAGCUUCCAGAUUUUCCACAAAUAAAGGUGAUUGAUGAAUUUCUGGUUGCCAAGGAUCGAUGCCCAUCAAGAUUACCAGAAUGGAAGAGACCUGUGCCUGCAAAACUACAGGAGUUUGCCCUGAUCAAGCUAGAAUGGCCUGUAGAGUAUACUAUGGAGAAGGUGCUACCACUGAUCACAUUAUGGGACAUGCAGGAUCUCAGCCAUUCUAAAAAUCCAUCAGUACAUCAACAUCUGAAACCUCACAGGAUUGUGAAGACAAGAAUCAGGCAAGGGGAACCAUGCUAUGAAGUAGAAUGGAUAAAACCAGUGACAGACACAGUGUAUGACGGGUCCUUUUACAUUACUAUAGAAGCACAAGAUCUGUUUUCAAAGUGUUACCCUGACGUUGUUAAAGCUUUCAUUACACAGUCUGCAGAAACAAAGAAAAAGCCGAAAGCAAAGAAAAAGAAGAAGAAGGCAGAAGCACCACCCAUUGAGCCGCCAUCAUUGGAUAACCUGUCAUUCCAGUUUGAAAAAGUAAAUCUUGGCAAAGUUGCAUCCCAGCUACAGGAAUCUGUGAAAGAUCUACAUCCGUCUUUCUCGGAAUAUGACGAGACAGCCUUAACUACUAAAGCCAAGCAACCAAGGCAUUUAACACUUAGUCCAAAUUCCAAAAAAUCUGGUACCAAAGGUGAAAAUUCUGAGAUUAGGAAACCAGUUGCCAUUCCCAUCUCACAACCAGAAGAAACGGUUACAAAGUCAGGGAGAGGCACUGAAGAGAGUUCUGUUGUGCCGCUUAGUCAGCGGGUAAAGCUGAGACUGCAAAAUAAACAUCAUGGUAAUAACAAAGAAAACCAGGAUAAAAAAGACAAAAUGAGUAAAAUGGUUCUAAAUGACCAGAAAUUCAAUGUUUUAAAAAGUCCUGGUGCUGACUUAAGCAGUAUGGGUUCUUUACUUGAGGAUAUUCAAAAUCUUUCACUAAAAGAAGCAGAAAACUUCAGACACAAGAGUAAAGAAAAAACAACCUCGCCAUCUCUCUCAAAGUUAAGGUGUGAAAGUUCACGACAUGUGGUUUCAAUGAAACAGACUACUUCUAUGAAUGUAUCGACAAGGAAGAUGAGUACUAUGAAAGAAAUUCAGAAAAUGUCAAGUCCAUUGACUGAAGUGAUCUGCAGUCCAAUGACGUAUAUGAAACAUCAGGGAGCUUUAGGUGAUAGUUUUGAAAUUCAGAGAAGCCCAUACUACAUAGAGAACCCUUUUGCUGCUGCCAAGUUAAAGACUGAAAAAACUAUAGACAUUUCUAGUCCUGGGUUUUUCUCAAGACCCGAUCCAAAAACUGCACCUGAAGAAAUAGAUAAAAGAUGUGCUGCAGAAAGACUAAUAGAAAAAAUAGAAAGUGGUAUAAGUCAGGUUGGAACUGAUGAUAGAGUUUCUACCAAUCAUGUCAUGUCGUCUCAGAAGAAAACUGUCCCAAAAAGUGUUCCUGGUGGUGAAGAACUUACUGUAGAUUCCUUAAUGUCAAUUUUGAAUAAUUCUAGUUCAGGAAAAUUGUCAGGCACUCCUCAACAGUUAGGUAAGGAGAAAAUUUCCUCACAGGCCAACCAAACAACAGCCAACCAAUCUGUUUUGGGGCUGGAAACCAGUCUUGGGCAGUUUGGUGAUUUUCAGAUCCAGCAUUCAUUGCUGAAUAGUUUGUGUUCCAGUCUUGUUCAAGCUUUGACACCUAAAGGAGUUUCAAUGACAAGAGAUGAAUAUGACAAACUUUUGAACACUCUGAACGAGAUAGAUUCAGAUGAGGAUGACAAUUUAGAUGAAAAUAGUAUGAAUGAAAAUAAUGUGCUCCAAGAUGAAGUUGUGUGUAAUAUAGAUUUUUCUGAAUUGGAAAAAGCAUCUACAAGUUUUAAGAACUUGAAUCAAAAGCUGUUGUUGAGACCUAUUCAGAUUGAUGAUGAGGAUGUGAUGUCCAAGUUAUCAAAAUCAGCUAGAAAGAAAUUAAGGAGAAGAGAAAGGAAGAGAGAGCAAGAAUUGGAAAAUUUGGCGCAGUUGCAAAACAUGUCUCAUUGCAAAGGAAAGACAAAAAGUUCAGGAUCAGGACAGCAAACACAUAGGGACUCUGUGAAAACUAACUGUUCAGAGAAAAUAGUAAAUGAUGGAUUUAAGAAGACAGAUAAGAGAAAAAAAGUAAAUGAAAAUAGUGUUCACAACUUACUACAUACCACAAAGUCUGCAGGAAAAGCAAACUCAAAAAUGAGGUGUUCUACUAAAACAAAUGUCAGUAAAACAGAGAAUUCACCUUGUGCAAAUACAGUUGAAAGCAAACUGUCAAGACCUGAAGAAAUGAAAGAAAACAACGAUCAAUCUGAAGUUAUAGUUGAAAGUGACCCAAAAUUAAAAAAGAAAAGAAAGAAGAAAAAGGUCAAGAAAGCAUCAUCUGUGAUAGAUAUUUCUGCAGACAAUAGUAUUUUAGAGGUUGGAUCUUGUGCAGAAUAUUUGAAGAAAGCUUUAGAGAAUAACCAAAAAAAGUUGUCAGAAAACAGAAUAACAAAAGCCUCUCCAUUCAUGGAUGUCUCUGCAGAUGAUACUCUGUUAGAAUUAGAAGGACUUUCAUGUAAAGUUACAGGAGAGGAAUUAGAUUCUGAUUUAGAAACCAAACUUAAAAAGAAAAAAAGGAUUUCAAAAGAGAAAAUGUGUAAGGAAUAUGGAGCAAAUAUGGCCAAAGCAAUACAGAUAGAGCCAGUUCUUUCCAUUAACAAUAUGGUGACAGAUGAAUUGGGGGAUGUUAAAUCUGAAAAUUCUCAUGUUUGUGAAUGUGGAGAAAAGGGUAAAGCAGAAAGUGAGGAAAAUAAAGUUACAGUUAAAGCCAUUGAAGUUGAUGAAGUUGUAGAAAUUAAGUUGGAGGAAGACAGAAAUGAAGAGUUUCUUGUGGAAAAAAUAUGCAGUGAUGCUUUGAAUAUGCAGAGUACUGAGGAGUCAGCUCUCUCUAAUGCAAAAACGAGAGAGAUUCUCAAUGAAGAUGCAAGGGUAAUUAAACUUCAGGAAAACAAUAGCGCAGCUAACUUCCCAGUCAGGGAACUGGAACAUUCUGAAAAAGCAAGAGAAUCAUCUAAUUGUGAUUCAGAUAUGAAAAAAGUAUCUGAAACUAAACAUGAAAGUGGAAAAACUGUUCAUGGUCUUGUUGAUACCGCAUUUGAUAUAGAUAAAGCAGACACAUCAGAUGAAGGUUUAAAGAAUGAAAAGGACAACGCUGAAAUCAAUUGUGUUUGUAAUACAAUUGAGAAUGAUAGCAGUAUAUGUCUAGAUAAUGAAAAGAAUUUAGUGCCUGAAGUUGUUUGUUCGGCUAAAGACAAAGAUGAAGAAAGUGAAAAUGGAGAAGUUGCAAAAGUUCUUGAAACAUUGAAUACAUAUCAUAUGGAGCCAAGUGAUAGAGAUGUUGAAGUGCUUGAUAAAAAUACCUCCCAUGUGUUUGAAAAAGAUGUACUGGAUAAGAUUAGUCUUGAUACAUUGGUGCUAAAUGUUGAAGAUGAUGCAAGUGAUACAGUUAGAAGUGGUGAAGAUGAUGCAAAUGGUAUUGUCAAAAGUGAUGAAGAUUGUGAAAAAAUUUUCAGUGGUAUGGUUGAUAAUACUGAAAGUAGAAGAGAAAAAGUAGAAAAUGGUAAGACUGUAUGUGAGUUUAGUGGACAGAGCUUGAAAAUUGGCGUUGAAAAUAUUUCAAAAAAAAUGUUAGAUACAGUUAGAUCGAAUGCUUCAGAUAAUGAUUCUUAUAUGCUGGAUGUAACAAAUGGUGUGGAUACUUGUACAGACAACAUAGUAGAAGAAAAUGGUGAAUACAUUACGAAAUUUCAAAGUAUAGUGAAUGGUAAAGUGAGGGUUGAUAAUUUAGAUUCAUCUGAAGAGAAUAUGGAAAAAUGUAGUUUAAAUGGAAAUGGUUAUCUUGAAAAUUCUAAUGAAAAUGGUACAGAAAUUUGUAAGAGUGAAAAGACUAAUGUUGAUGAAGCUUGGAGAGAUAAUGUUAUGAAGCCAGAAGUGUUUCAGAGUCCAGCAUGUCUUGCCGACAGGUUAAAACUUAAACUUAGAAAAACUUCGACCAAGAAUGUGCUAGAUGCUUUUACCAAUGGAAAAUGAGUUGUUAAUAUGUGUAAUGUGCAGUAUUACCUCCCCUUUUAUACUUUUUAUAGAUCAUCUCAUUUUUGUAGAGUAGUGUAUUUUCACUAUUUUGUAUGCAUUUACUUAAAUGUUUGAGAAAACAGAAAGAUUCAUAAUUUUUCAUUAUCGAAAUUUCUGUCAUUUGAACUUUGAAAUUUUUAAGCAUAAUGCCAAGUUAUUGCUUAGAGAUGCUUCUUGGUAAAUAUUUGUAGUGCUUCAGGAUAAUAUAUUUUCUUACAUGAAGCCUUAUAUAGAUUUUUGAUUGACAGUUUGUGCUAUUAACAGGUUAAUAGUUCAACUCUUAAUUUUUUGGGGCUUAAAGUAAAAGCUUGAAGAAAAACAUUAAGAUUUUGUUCUUAUGUCAUGUAACACUUAGUGAAUGGCUUGUCAGUCAGUAUAUAAAACUUUUAUCCUAUGUCCUUCAAACAGCUGGCAAUAGUUUUGACUGUUGACCAGCAAGCCAUUCAGUUAGUGUAUAAUGGUUAUAGGUACAUUAUGCUGUGAAUUGUUUGUUGCAUGACUGUUGCUUGAAUGUCGAAAAAGUGUUGGUACCAGUUGUGAAAAAGUGUUUGUCAGAAAUCUAAAGUGAUAAUAGUGUUGGAAAAGGUAGACAAAUUAUCAUGAGGUGAAAGAAGAAAGUGUCGUAACUCUUCAGUGUUGAGGAUAAAAUAUAUACUUGAUUAGAGUUAUUAAGAAAAAGGGUUAGUGCAGCAUGUGCAAACUAGUUUAAUAGUUUAAUCAAAAUUAAAACUUUCUUAUGUCAUUGUAUAAUUUUUUUUAAAGUUAUUUAACAAAUUGUUUUCAUGAUCAAACCUGCUCGAUUAUCGAAGUUUUUGCUCCUGAAACUUCUGAUUUCCAAAAAGAGAACUGUUUUUGGUUUUGAAUACUAUUUAACUUGUGGAUUUACAUUAGAUUCAUCAUGACACUUAAAAUAUGUUGCUGCAUGAAUUGUCUUAAGACUUUAAACCUAUAAACAUGACUAUGUAUUAGGUAUUGCUUGUGCCAAACAAGCAUGCGUUUUCACAACUGAUCAUAUUUAGGAUACAUACCACACUAGUUACAAUAUUUUUAGAUUCCACUCAUUGUAUAUUUUGUUUAUUUUUCCUUGUUGAAUAGUUGUCUUUUUCUGUUGAGCAGAUUUGUAUGAAAUUCUUUACCUCCAGCUUGCCACUUUCUAUUUAAUGUUGUUUCUUUUUUGUGUGUGUGUUUUUUUGUAGUUUUUUUAGUCAGUACAAGGUAGUAUGGUUACGUAGUGUUAGGAUCUUGGUCCAUUUAAUAUGUGUAUUAUAGUAAAAGCCUUUAUCUUGAGACCUGUUGUCUACAUGUUAAAACUUUGAGUAUGAUCAGAUAAAUUUAAUUUAAGAAAGGUCAGCAAGACAUGUAAAAUUGUAACAGCUUUAUUUUGAACCUAUCAUCAUUCAGAUCUAUCAGAAGAGAUGUAUGUCAGCAUAUUUUUAAUCGUAUGAGAACUAUUUUGUUGUAUAAUAAUAUGAAAGAUACUGUAGUUCUUCAUGAGUUGUGAUUCGCAGAAAUUCUUACUUUACCAGACCAUAUUUUCAUAUUGGCAAAAUUAAUCGGAGUGCAUUUGGAGAGAAAUUUUUAAAAUGUGCCAGAUUUUAUUGUGAAAGGGUCACAAUCACGUAUUUAUGUCUACACAUUAAAUAGCAUAGAUCAAAAGUACAGGGUUGAAAGUCUUGUAAUGGAUUUCAUUUUGGUGCUGAAGUACGAUUUGCAAUAUUAUACAUGUAGAUACUUUUCUAUACAGCUCACUUGUUAUCAUCUUCACUGUAUGUACUUUUCUUGUUCAAAUCAGGUUCCUCUUAUGUUAAAUGUUGUGCAUGUCUACACAUAUAAGAAAGGUUGCUAGUUCAUACUUCAACAGGCACAAGUGUCUGUAGAAUUUUAUUUUAUUUAAGCAUUCAAGGUGUCUAAAUUCACAACAUGCAUUUUGAUAUCUCCUUGUUAAAAGGUAUAUGUUCUAUUGCUGUAGGUUCAUGGCUCCUAGCUGCCAAAUUUGCACAUGCUCAGUGUGUGGUUACCAGUUUAACUCUUACCCUGCCUAAUUUUAAAAUGGACUUGUCCACCAAAACAGCGAAAACAGUGCAGAUCAUGAUCUACACUGGUCGCAAAGGCAGAAUCAAUCGUGUCCAGCAUGAUAAGGGUUAAUAUUAAUUUCUUUUGUAUUCACGUUGAAAAAUAUUGACUGUCCUUCAUAAAUGUGGAGAUUUUACCAUGUGUAUUUUUUUGCCACAAAAUCCUUAGGGAGCCAUGAAUCAAUAGGAAGAAGGCAUAUAACUGCAUAAAUAUGGAGAAAAUUAAUACCUUAGUAGGGAGAAAUAUGAAUGAAUUCUUUGGUAUAAGUAACAUUUCACUAUUUCUGUCUUCAGUAAACUUGUACAUGUAUAAACCAUUCCUUGAAUUUUGUUAAAUCGUUGAUUGAUGGUUGCUUAAGUAUGUGCAUAUAACAGACCUCAUUAUUUUUAUAGACAGUUUCCCUCAGGUAGGAGUUAUCACUAUUAGCUGUAAUUUUUUUCAUCAAGUUUCGCCUGUGGGGGUAUUUUUAGACACUAGACAUAUUUUAAAAUUUAGGUCAUUUCGUGUGAAAGAGGAAUGUAGAUGAAACUCAGAAAUUUCAGUUUUACACAGCAAUUUUGUAGUUAUUCUAAAAAGAAAUAAAGGUCAAGAAUGCAUUGUCCUUUAAGACAGGAAAACUUGAUAGGUCCCUAUAAAAUAAAUAAAGUUUAGAAUCCAAGAUAUAGUAUCGAGCAUAACACUGGGCAGCCAUGGCCGAAUUGUCUUACUUUCACCAAAAAUGGUACAUUUUUGUUAUUUAACAUUUUUAUUACACUCCUUUGUAGAAAUGGGGUAUAUUGUUUUGCUCAUUGUUGGUUGGUUGAUUGGUAGACCAUUUGGUUUCCGAUCAGUAACUAGAGAAUGUUUGGUAGCUCAAUGCUCAAACUUCAUGGGAUGAGUACCUGUGGACAGUAGAUGACCCCUGUUGUUUUGUGGGGGAGAAGUCCAAGGACUGGAAAUGGACGAUUGCCUGUGGUCACUGGAUGAUCAGUAAUGUUUAAGCGCUCAGUAGGUCAAGGGUCAAAGUCGCAGUAACCUUAAGACUGAAAACAGUUUCUGCUAAAUAACUAAAGAACGCUUUGGCCUACAGUCAUCAAGGUUCAUAGGAUGAUUGCCUGUCAGUAUCUGACCCCUUUCGUUUUGGCGGUCAAAAGUCAAAGACACGGUGACCUAUACACUGAAAACAAUUUUCACUCGGUAACUAGAGAAUGAGUUGACCUACAGUCAUCAAAUUUUAUAUGGCGAUUGCCUGUAGUCAGUAAAUGACUUUCUUGUUUUGGGGUCAAAGGUCAAGGUCACAUUGACCUUUGUACUGGAAACAGUGUCUGGUAAAAAAUUAAACAGUUUGGCUGUCAAAAUUAGGAUUCUUGCCUGUCGGCUGUAAACAUCCCCUUUAUAUUUAUCGGGUCAUUUGGCCAAAGGUCGAACAUUCAAAAUUUCAUACAUACCUACCUCCAACGCCAACAGGCAAUCAUAGGGGGCGUAUGUGUUUUACAAACAGCUCUUGUUCAUGUGUACGUUAUGCAUUUCACUUUACUAGUAUUCAUUGUUCUAUAUCAGGAUAUACGAGUAAUAGAUUUGGGAAGCCACCUCAGUUUUCAAACAAUUCUGUUCACAUUGUAACUGAUUUGUUGCAGUUCUUGUGCCAAGGAGCAAGUUUUUCAUUUCUGUUUAUGAUACAGUGUUGUUUAUAAUAAAAUCACAAAAUACAAGUU